ACAAACUGGCUGAAUUAGAGGGAUGAAAUGAUUGGAUAUGUUAAUGAAAGGCGAUAAGGGAGACCAAUAGUCAAUGUCCAAAGUAAUACACCAGAAAAAGGCAAAAUUAAAAGGUAUGCUCAUGACGGGUCUGUUGAACAAAGGAAUAUGCUGACAGGAUAACAUAUCGGCAAUAUGUUGGCUGGAGAGAGACCAAUCUGAAAGCAAAGAGUCAUCAAAGGAGUGAAGUUAAAGAAAAGCAUAAAAGGGGGCAGCAAGAAAGUUAAGUGUUUUUGUCUUCAUCAUCAUAAAUCCAACUUUCAACACCUGUCUGGACCGUCCAAGCCAACAAUGCACCCUUUGCUUCAGGAACUGAGUGGCAGCCUUUUCUGUUGAGCAAAGUAACAUCUGGGAUUGGGAACUUGGUAGCUCAGGUAAAAUAGCAGAUUUGCAAAAAAAGGGAAAAUGAAAAUGUUGAGCUGGGGGAAGAAGAAGCAGGAUCCUCACUUUCAAGAUCAUUGAUCCCAGAUACGUGAUCCACCAUGAGUAGCUGUUCAAGAUAGUCAAGCUUUUAAAUUAAGCUUUAUGGACAAAAUGUCAAAAGAAGAUCAAGAAAAAGCAGAUGAGAGAUUAGCUCGAGCUAUAUUUGCAAGUGGUACACCUCUUUCCAUAACUGAAAAUCAAUACUGGAAAGAACACUACAAACUAAUUCACCCAUCAUAUAAGUUACCAUCACUUUAUCACUUAUCACACUCUCUCUUAGAUAGAGAGUAUGACAGAGUUCAAACAAUGGUUAUUCAAAGGAUUGGUCAAGGAGAAUCACUGACUCUGAUGUCAGAUGGAUGGACUGAUAUACAAGGAAAUCCUUUAUUGAACAUUAUGUUAGCAACCUCUGAACCAAUAUUCCUGAAAACAAUUGCUACCAAAUCUUCUUGUCAUACAUGUGAAUACAUAGUGAAAUUACUGAGCAAAGAGAUUGAAAGUGCAGAUCCCUCCAGGGUACAAGCCCUUGUAACUGAUAAUAUGAGUAACAUGAAAGCUGCAUGGCCAAUAUUAAAGGCAAAGUAUCCUCAUUUAAUAGUAUUUGGCUAUCUUGCUCACGGGUUGAAUCUUCUGGCAAAGGACAUACUAAGUACGAAUACAAUGAAGACAAUAUUGGCAAACUGCAUAGCGAUUGUGAAGGUAUUCAGCAAUAAUCAUGUUGCUAAUCAGACUUUGAAGAAGUUACAGAAAGAGAAGCAGGGGAAGGAAAGUGCACUUUUAUUGCCAGGAGAAAGUAGAUGGGGCUUGGCUACAAAAUGUUCAUGUAGUUUGCUGUGCACAAAGAACUGUUUGCAGUGCACUUCAAUAGAUGACACAGUAUCCCAGAUUAUUCCUGUGAACAUUCAGAAGCAGAUUAUCACAAGUUCAGGGAGCAUUCAAUUUGCUACUACCAGUUUCAGUGACUACCAAACCUUUCAAAUAUUCCAGAGAUAUUCAGACAACUGAAUGAAAAUCUAACUGAGUUUUUGCCUUCUUCAGCUCUAUCCACAAAAGAAGAAGAAAUAAAACAAAUGUUUACUAAGAGAUCUGAGUUUUGCUAACAUCCAGUUCAUCUGGCUGCAAACCUUUUGUAUCCUCAACAUAAGAGGUUAACAUUUAUCUGAAGACGAAGUAUCUACUGCUCUCAAUACAAUUAUUGAAGUAGCUAAGAAUGUCUCCAACAUGGAUGAAAUAGCCGUGAUGACCAUGCAAAAAAAAAACUUUGGAGCAAAGACAUCAUCUAGUGGGCAGCAGAGAAUAUGUCUCCUCUCACAUGAUGGAAAGGAUACUGUAACACCUGACUGGUGUCCAGGAUUGCUCUAAGGAUCCCAAGAAUGCCAGCAGCAGCAACUUCUUGUGAACGGAACUGGAAGGCUUUCAGCUCAAUUAAGAUAAAAAUGAGGAAUAGACUAACAAAUGAACGCGCUGCUAAGCUUGUUUCUAUUUCUCAAAAUCUUUUGCUUCUGGGAGAAUUAGUCAGAAGCACAAUUAGUGAAGAAGAUGCAGUGUGAUAAUAAGUUGCCCUUGCCCAUAGGCUCAUUGGCAAAACCAUCCUUUAGCAAAAGAGAAUGUGGUUCAAGUAGUUCUGAAUCCGAUUUGCCUCAAUCUGAUUUUGAAAUGGAACUAAUAAGUAGUGCAAGUGAUUUUACAGAUAGUGACUGUGAAACUGGCGGGGCCACAAUGACCUCAGUGGAAGAGAGUUAAAUUCUGAUGAAGCAGUUGAGUGGACAACCACGGCAUAUCAAGCACAGUUCUUUGGGUGUGCUAAAAUUAAUAUGUCAACAGUUUUCAGGGCCUUCAUUUUUUUUCUUAAAUUUAAACAAACAAUGUAAGGGAAGUACAUGCUAUUGUGUAUUGUCUUACAUUUUUACAAGUAUUCCAAUAAAAAUAAUUU